GAGUCAAUAAUGCACCGUGCAAACCUUCCUAUUCGCUUAUCACCGCACACGCGGUCGUGCACGAGAUACUUCCUUCGGAAGCGCGCGCUCGUGCUCGGGAAAGUUGCCUGUGCUCGUGCACGGCGCCUGGAGCCUGUGUGGCUGCGGACGGCCGCAGCUGAGCUGUACUUUAGGUUGUGUCGUGAGAUGAGUCAAACCAUGGCAGAUACUAGUUCAUCUCCACUGAAGCACUUUGUACAGGCUAAGAAGAAGAUUAAUACCAUUUUUGAACAACUGUUGGACUAUGUUAAUGAAGGUGCAAAAUUUAUUGAAGAAUCUUGUCAGAACGAAGGCCUAAUGAAGAUAACAACACAACAGCAGUUGUCAGAGAUAGAAAUGCUUGCUUCUAAAGUGGCUGGAAUCAGUGAGGUACUGGCACGUAGGCACAUGAAAGUAGCCUUUUUUGGAAGAACAAGUAAUGGAAAGAGUACUGUGAUCAAUGCAAUGUUAUGGGACAAGGUACUGCCGAGUGGCAUUGGACAUACAACCAACUGCUUCCUAAGUGUUGAAGGAACAGAUGGGGACAAAGCUUAUUUGAUGACUGAAGACUCUGAGGAAAAGAAGAAUGUGAAAACUGUGAAUCAGCUGGCACACGCUUUACAUCAGAAUGAAUACUUGGAUGCUGGAUGUCUAGUCCGUGUUUUUUGGCCAAAAUCAAAAUGUGCUCUUCUUCGAGAUGACUUGGUAUUAAUGGACAGCCCUGGCACAGAUGUCACCACCGAGUUGGAUUCUUGGAUUGACAAAUUCUGCCUGGAUGCGGAUGUCUUUGUGUUGGUUGCAAAUUCAGAAUCGACACUGAUGCAAACAGAAAAACAGUUUUUUCAUAAAGUUAAUGAACGACUUUCCAAGCCAAAUAUUUUUAUCCUGAAUAAUCGUUGGGAUGCUUCUGCUUCUGAGCCAGAAUACAUGGAUGAAGUGCGUCAGCAACAUACUGAUCGCUGUGUUAACUUCCUGGUUCAUGAGCUUGGAGUAAUGGAUAAUGCACAAGCUGAGAAUCGUAUAUUUUUUAUUUCUGCCAAGGAGGCUGUAAAUGCCAGAAUUCAUAAAGCUCAAGGAAUGCCAGAAGGUGGUGGUGCACUAGCAGAUGGAUUCCAGGCUAGGCUUUUUGAAUUUCAAAAUUUUGAACGACAGUUUGAGGAGUGUAUCUCGCAGUCAGCAGUGAAAACAAAAUUUGAACAACACACAAUCAGAGCUAAACAGAUCAUAGACACUGUGAAAAAAAUCAUGGACUCCAUCAAUGUGGUUGCAGCAGAAAAAAGAGUGCUUUCAUUGGAGGAACGAGAGGAUCAUCUAGAUCGACUGGAGUUUGUGCGUAGUCAAUUGACUUUACUGUCAGAGGAUUGUAAGAGAAAAAUAAAACUGGUGACAGAAGAAGUAGAAGCUAAGGUUUCAGCUGCAAUGACAGAUGAAAUCUGCCGCCUUUCUGUAUUGGUUGAUGAAUUUCGUGGAGACUUUCAUUCUUCUCCUUCAGUCUUAAAGUUUUAUAAAAAUGACCUGCACAAGCAUAUUGAACAUGGACUAGGGAGGAACUUGGCCGAUCGUUGUUCCAGUGCAGUCCAUGCAUCUUUGCAGACAGCACAACUUCAAAUGAUAGGGAAUCUCAAGCCUUUGCUUCCAUUAAAUGUUCAGAAUCAGGUCAAUGAGCUGCUACCAUAUCACAAGUUUGAUCUCAGUUAUGAUCUGAAUUGCGACAAGAUAUGUGCAGAUUUCCAAGAAAACAUUGAAUUCCGGUUUUCUCUUGGUUGGACUUCACUGGUCAGUCGUUUUCUGGGACCUAAGAAUGCUCGUAGGGCCCUUCUGGGACUUGCUGACCCAACUUCUCAGUUUCUUCGACCACUACCAGUAACCCCAACCAUGACAAAUACUCCUGGACUUGCACAGGAAAACAUGGCUCAAGAAGAAAUGAUGAUAUCCUUAGUUACUGGCUUAGCUUCUCUUACAUCGCGGACUUCAGUGGGUGUUGUCGUUAUUGGAGGAGUGAUUUUCAGGACUGUGGGCUGGAGACUUAUAGCUGUUGCUUUAAGUCUCUAUAGUUUAUUGUACAUGUAUGAACGUUUAACAUGGACAACGAAAGCAAAGGAGAGAACUUUCAAGCGCCAGUUUGUGGACUAUGCUACUGAGAAAUUGCAGAUGGUUGUUAGUUUCACAAGCGCAAAUUGUAGUCAUCAAGUCAAUCAGGAAAUGAGCAGUACGUUUGCUCGACUAUGCCAGCAGGUAGCUCUUACUGAGAAAAAUUUAGAAGAAGCAAUUGCCAGCCUUAACAAAAAAAUUGAACUCCUCGAAUCUACACAAAACCGAUCAAAGCUUCUGAGAAACAAGGCAACGUGGCUGGAAAAUGAAUUGGACAUAUUUACGAAGCAGUACUUGCAGCCAAGCUGCUGAAAGAUUGCUGACUUUUAUUAGUAUCUUUGUUUGUUCAGUAACCUCAAGGAUGGCAAAUGUCACCAAUGUUGCCAUAGUACUAUGUGAAAAAUACAAACUUCCAGUCCCUUUAUAUACAGUAAUGACUAAGGAUCCUGUUUAGUAGCCCUUAAAAUCUAUCUUUCUAAACAAAAAACAAACUAAAUUGAGAUAUCUUCAAAAUUAGUUAUUACUAAAUGGGGUUAUCCAUGUUAUGAUGCAUGUAUUUUUGAGAAAGCAGCAAUAUUCAACGUCAGAUUCAGUUUGAUCAAGCAAUCAUUUCAUUGGUAAGAAAAAUGGCUCUUAAACCAAUGCAAGGGCAUUAAAAAUGUACUGUAGUAUCAGAUUAUAAAAUCCUCAUUUUAUGGUUGAGCUGUAUGUGCAUUUACUGUUUGUGCUUGCUGAUCAAAAAAUUAAACCCAUUUUCAUGUUCUAAUCCAUGGGAAAACAAAUUCCCAGACUUAAUUCCCAUGGGUAUAUUUUCAUGUUAAUUAUACCCUUUUAAUUAUUAGUAAGAUGGACUUCUAUUAAAUUGUUCCAGUGGGAAAUGCUGACAUCCAUAAACGAACAAACCUAAAGCAAGCAAAGAUUGUGAAUGGAGCAUCACCCAAUCAAUCAUCUAGUCACUAACCACAUGUUACUGCAGCAAUCAGUUAAAGAAGCAGUAAUGAAUAGGAUAGAUGCAGUUUAAAUAGCACAGGAAUAAUAUUUUGGCUACAAAGUCAAGAUGAUCCUUUGAAUUACUUGAUCGUAUGUAUUUUGGAUGUAAAAUAAAUUGGAGAAUUUUACAACUGGUUAAUCAUUAGGUUUUAUAUGCUUGGAUUGUUUCAUAUUAAACCAGAUUUAUUAAGUGUUUUGAAUAAGUUUUGUACACUGGUUCUUACUGUUAAAUGACUUGUAUAUAUUUCCUUUUGCUAGAUGUGGACAACAGACCACAUUUGCAUCCUCUGAGCAUGUAUACUUGGAACAGUUGUACAAUUUAUAAUAAAUUAUUUGACCAAUGUU